UUAUAAAGCUGGUUUAAGGUCUUCUAAAGGUGCUCAAAUUUCGAGUGAAUUUGAGUGGCUUUGUCGAGAGAGCGAAACUAUUCAUGAGAGCUAGAGGUGGCAGAACUAGGGAAGGUUCAUGGUUCGAAUCCGAUCCGAUACUGUCCGAUCCAUUUCAUAAAUAUGAUUCCUGUACAGUAAAUUUCCACAGUACGUGGUACUAAAUAUAAUAUAAUAAUAUUAAUGUAUUUUAUUCUAAUAUCGGAGACCACAUGUAUACAUUUCAGCCGAAAAUUAUGUGCAAGUGUCUUCCAGUGUGUACAGAUCCGGAGCUUUCAGAUCUGUUUCGAUCCGGUAAAAGGUAGGUUCUGCCCAUCACUAACUCCGAACCUGUUAGAUUGUUUGGUUUACAACUACGUGUUCGUUUAGAGUUUUAUAGUUAAAAUAUGAUUUUCUUACACGCGAUGGAAGUUUAUACGAAUAGAUAUUAAAUUUAUCUCUUUCAUGGAUGAAGGAAUCUGUUGCAAAUUAAGAGUAUUAGUACACCGAACCACCAGAGCAUCAGUUUUGUUAAUUAUAUUGUGUCGAUUUUAAAGGAGUAGUGAACUUGCGCAUGUAAACGCACCGGUGUUACGGAGAAAAGCAAAAUAAAGCACUGUCAAACGGUGGAUGUUAAGCAGAAAUUUAAAAAUAAUAACUAGGUUUAUGGUUCCUGCGUGGGAAGACUGAAGGUAAAACAAAGGAAAGAAGCAGUAUUCGUAAUCGGUGUGGUAUUUUCGCAUCCGGAAUACGCCCUUGUCCGACCGUACGUGAAUGGUCGCACAAUUAGCAACCGAUUCGCCGAUCCACGCCAAAUGGAAAUGAAUGGGAUCGUUUCAUCGCCUGAGGCGACGACCAACAUGCUGUCGGCGUCCGCAACACCCGAGCAGAAUGCUUCCAAGUGGGUUAUGCUGAACGUUGGUGGGGAAAUAUUCACCACCACACGGCUGACGCUAACGAAUCGCGAACCGAACAGUAUGAUCGCACGAAUGUUUGCCCAGGACCAGUUGAAACCAUCGGAACAGGAUGCGCAGGGCGCGUACUUGAUCGAUCGGAACGGGUACUACUUCCGGCCGAUACUAGACUAUCUGCGCCACGGCCAUGUCGUGUACGAUAAGCAUGUGAGUUUGCAGGGCGUGCUGGAAGAAGCUCGGUAUUACGGGCUGGACGGGUUGGUACAGAAAAUCCAGGAUAUCCAGAAGGCGGACGUAUCGCUGACGCGGCUUGACUUUAUUCGCACACUCGUUACCUCGUCGCACACUACCGAGCUGCGGUUUCAGGGUGUGCAUCUGUCCGGCAUCAACCUCUCGAAGCUGGAUCUGCGCAACAUCAACUUUAAGUAUGCGUGUCUGUCGCACUGCGAUCUGUCGUACGCCAACCUGAGCUGGUGCUGUCUGGACCGGGCGGAUCUGCGGUACGCCAACUUAGAGGGUGCCAAACUACAUUCCGUGCUGGCACCCUGUGCGGAUCUGCAGGGCGCAAAGCUGAAAUGUUGCGAUCUGACACGGUGCAGCCUUGAGAAUGCUAAUAUGAAAGGUGCCACGCUGGAAGGUAGUGUAAUGGAGGGUGUGAGUCUACGUGUGGCCAACCUGAAAUCUGCUAAUAUGCGUAACUGUACGCUGAACGAUGCUGAUAUGGCCGGGGCAAAUCUAGAGGCCUGUGAUCUUACCGGUUGCAACCUGAAGGGCGCUAACCUUCGCGGUGCCAAUCUAAAGGGUGCUCAGCUGGAGAAGCUGGUAACACCAGUGCAUAUGUCGCAGAUCGAUAUCUAAUGUCGCAGCAGCUUCCACUAGCUAGAUUGUUUAACGAGCAUUUACAAUAACGAAAGCUUAUAUUACAGUAUAUGUUACUAAUACUAAAAGAAGGAUAUAGUUAAACUGCGAUAAUAGCGAUAAAUAUUCAGCGAUGCGAAAGUAUUAGUAAACCCAGGCACAAUUAGUACCCUCGUUUGCGGGAACAAAUCAGUACAGAAGACAGUAUGAUACCUUCUUUUUAAGGGUAAUUGUAAAUUUAAAUAUUUUUACGAUAAUGAAGGAGAGAUGCGUAACGACAGCGAUAUGCCAUCGGGGCUUGUAACAUUCAAAUGCUGCAGCUAGCAUAUGUUUAAGUAAUAACAAACUGAUAUUAAACACCAUUAAAGUAAAACGCUUAGGCACAGUUUAUAUAAAGUAUUGCAACAGGUCCGAAUGUUAGGAAGGAAUGCACCAAUUAACAAUUUUUCAAUGAACUUUACUAUUCUUUAACUAUGCCAAUCGAUUGGUAGUAGAAAGGACUUUUUUUUCUUCUUCAAAUAUUUGUACCGUUUCUUGCUUGCCAUUAUUGCAAGCCAUUAUUUGUAUCGUAUAUUAUUCUGUCAUUCGUUUUUUUAGCUGUCAUACAUUCUUUUUUAGCUGUCAUACGUUCUUUUUUAGCUGUCACACAUGUCACAUUUGUUCUAAGUAUUCGAAGGAGUGGGGCAUGUAUACAGAUGGAUGGUAUGGAGAAUUUCGAUCACUAUUAAGCCGCCGUAGAUGUAGAUAGGAGAUUCAACUGUCGUUAGCAAAGCAUAUGAUACGAUUGGUCAACAUGUGUCAUUAAUAGAAAUCUAAAAAAGGAAGAUUAGAAACCUAAAAACGAAAACAGGAAAGGCAAAGAAAUGUUUGCAUUAGCAAGCAUAUAGGAUAUUUUGUUAAGAGCUGUGAAAUGGAAGUAUUAAAGAAAGGAGAAAUGGCCGGCACCAGCUGUACAAAUUACACAACUUGUGGCCAAUUCAGUUACGUAUUGUUUGUUAUCGAUAGCGGACAGGGGGGUUUCAUAAUUCCACAGUCCAAAAGACGGGGUUUUGCUUAUUACAAAAAAAGUUUCCACAAAAGGGUAAAAAGAUCUCCCAAAAAUACAACAAACUUGCUGACAAAGAA